UUUUGACUACUAUAUCAUGAACAUAUCUGAAUUUCCAUUUGUCUUUGUACUUUGAGGUAUCAAUACUAUGGCAUAUAAAAAACUGAAUGAGUUCACGACAAAAGGAGAAUCAAUGAGCAUUAAAGUGAAAGUCAUAAGAAUUUGGGAUUCAAUUAAUAAUGCAACUGAUGAACUCAUGAGCUUGGAUAUGAUCUUGCUGGAUGAACAGGUAUUUUUUUAGUAAUAUUCGUCUAUACAAAUACAUAUUUUUUUAAUUGUUUGCUAAAUUCCUCUGUUUCAACAGGGCGAAACUAUUCAUGCUACUAUCUGGAAGAAUCUAAUAGAUACUUAUAGACCACAGAUCAAUGAGAAAGCUAUAUAUGCAUUCAGUAAUUUCAAAGUUCAGGAAUCCAGCAGAUACCGUCCAUUGAGCAAUUCAAUUAAAUUGUUUUCAUGUAUAAUACAAAGGUGAAACAGGUGAAUGAAGCAUCAGAUAAAUUCCAGGAAUACUACUUUGAAUUUGCUACAAAAGACAAACUACUAGAACGAGAAAAUAAAGAUAAACAAUGGUCAGGUAACUGUUUGGUUAUGAACUAAUUUAAUUUAUGAUUGUUUUUACUGUACAUUAAUUUAUCCUUAAAUUUCCAGAUAUAAUUGGAUUACUUACCAGUAUUAAACCAGUACAAGAGAGAACAAUAAUGAGGAAUACAUCAAGUCAGCGUACUAAAGAUAUCCGCGAGAUUGAACUUCUCCUGUUAGAGGGUGAAAAAAUCAGGAUAACAUUAUGGGGGAAGCUAGCACAUUAUCUGAAUGAAGAUGUAAUUGGAAAGCAUACAGUUGUUAUUGUUACAUCAACUAUGGUUGAAGCCUCAAUGUUCAAAAGUAAGUUCAAAUAUUGUACAAUAUAUUAUGAUGAUUUCUCAUAAAUAUAGAUAACAUAUAAAUGAGUCAACCAGGUCUCUCUUUGAAGAGUACUAGCGCUACAAGAUUAUAUAUAGAUUUAGAUUUACCAGAAACUUGGCAACUCAUUGACAGGUACUCAAACGAUGAAACUUUACCAAAAAUAAUGGAGGUAAACAAAAGUAUACAAGGGACACUAGAGGAGCAAAUGUUUUACAACAGAAGAACAUUACAGGAAAUCACAGAAAUGAGACACGACAACCCAACAGAUCAAGAAGACAACACAAAGGAUUCACCAGUGAAAAAGACAUCAAAUUUUGUUGUGCAUUGUGAAGAAGAUAUUGAAGAUAGGGAUGAAAGCAACAUACAUUUCAGUGAAUGUAAAAGAAAUAAUUCAUUAUCAAGAAGUAGAUGUAUCAUAUUAGAUGAUGACUCAGAUGAAUACCACACAAAAAGAACUACACCAAAAGAAAAGGAUACAAAAGUUUGCAGCAAAAAGAAGAAAAUUAUUGUUGCAAAAUCCAGAAAGGGAACUCCUAAAGUUGAAAGCUUGGAAUUUGACGAAAAUCUCGCCAAACAGAAAGCUAUUUUAGAACAAGCUAUAAAGACUGGAAUAAGAUUAGGCAAAAAGAUUGAUCAGAAGAAGAGGAAAUGCAAGGACACUGGUGAUCAAAUAUCACGGAUCAAAGAUCCUCACAGAAAAAGGAAAGGAAGAAAUGUCAUAAUAGAAACAGAAAUUCCAACUUAUCAGGUAGAACAAACCAUUAAUUCAGAGUAUAUAGAGGAUGACAAUAACGACAAGGUCACCACCAAUGAAUAUGAAAUUGAUGUGAAGAAGAGAAAACACAAGGACACUGGUGCUCACACAAUUCGAAAGAAAGGUGCUCAUAAAAAAAAAGAAGCAGAAAGGUUGUGA